CGAUUGAUUAUUUUCAGGCGGGACUCAAGUAUUCUAGAGCUCUGACGGCGAACUUCGCGACUCUCGCCUCAAAUCCUCAUCAGCCUUGCCAACACUAACCCAGGCUGCUCUUUUCACCAAAAGCUCCCGUCGAUACUCAGCAAGCAACCACAAUAGAUCUACAACCAUGAUUCACCCAUCGCGUCGGGCAUAUGUGGAAGAAGCUGAGGCCGAGGAUCGAGGAGGCAUUGAUAUAAACGACGUCCCCAUUGAUCGCGACUAUGACAUCCCGGGAGCUGGUGCCGGCAUUGCGCCUGAGAAGGCGUCGGCCCUUUUAUCACAAUUUGAGCGCAGACGGCUAGCGGCGACUAUUGCCGUGCCUACUGACGAUGGGCGUGUACGGGCCAAACUUCGGGAGCUAGGCCAGCCAGUUACCCUCUUUGGCGAAGGCCUUGCAGACCGCCGCGACAGACUGCGAGAGCUGCUCACAGAGCAGGCGCAAAAGACGGGCGAAGAGAAGGCAGACGUCGAAAUGAAAGACGCCGAAGAGGAGGAGGAAGAGGGAGAGGAGCAGGAGGAAGAAUUCUACACUAGGGGUGGACCAGAGCUUCUCCAGGCUCGGAGAGACAUCGCCCAGUACUCCAUUCCCCGAGCUAAGAAGCGCAUCGAAUUCCAGAAAAAGGAAGCGGCCAUACCCGUGCGCAACCACCUCAUAUUCCGGAAGGAGGUGAAGGAGCGCCUCCAGUCGUUUGAGCUCCAGGGCAGUCAGACCGCGGGCGAGCGCCACAUCAGCAUGACAAGAAUCUCGCCCAAUGGGAAGCUCGUCGCCACGGGGAAUUGGGGAGGCCAGGUGAAGCUGAUCGAUAUUCCCAGCCUCGAGCAAAAGCGCACACUCAGGGGCCAUACAAAUAAAGUGAGCGGCCUCUCUUGGAUGCCCGGAUCUACACUACCAGAGUCGAAUGUCUCUGAAGACAGCGUGAAUCUUGCCUCGGGCGGGGCAGAGGGGCAGAUUCACCUAUGGUCUCUGACGCAAGACACUCCCCUUGCCACCCUUUCGGGGCACUCGCAGCGCGUAUGUCGUGUCGAAUUCCACCCUUCCGGGAAGUACCUGGCAUCUGCAUCAGAGGACACCUCAUGGCGGCUGUGGGAUAUUGAAACAAAGUCAGAACUACUACUGCAGGAGGGCCAUUCCCGCGGGGUCUAUGCCGUCGCCUUCAACACGGACGGGUCUCUGCUUGCGAGCGCCGGACUAGACAGCGUCGGGCGGAUUUGGGACAUGCGCUCAGGACGAACCGUCAUGAUUCUGGACGGCCACCUAGACGGACACAUUAAACCUAUCUACGGCCUCGACUGGGGCUCGGAUGGCCACCGCGUUCUGACAGCGUCUGCUGACGGGUGGAUCAAGUGCUGGGACGUUCGAAAGGUCCAGAGAACAGGAGGCAUUGGCGCCCACACAAGCUCAGUUGCCGACGUUCGCUGGUACAAGGGCCUCGAUGAUCCCUUCGACGGCACCCCGCCAGGCGUAGAUGAGGAGGGGGUGCAGCUGCCCAAAAAGUCUGGCACCUUCAUCGUCUCGGCAGGUUUCGAUGCCAAGGUCAACAUCUUCUCAGCCGAUGACUGGGCCCUCGUCCAGUCCCUCAGUGGCCACACUGGCGCGGUCGCGAGCGUGGAUGUGAGCAGGGACGGAAAGUGGAUUGUGAGCGGCGGCCACGAUCGGACAGUCAAGCUAUGGGGCAGAAACGACUCGGCAGGCAUGUAUGAGGAGGCUUGAUGCAGACCGAAAUAGCAAACAUUUGAUACCCAAAAAGAAAUACAAAGCACGCGCUUUUUCUUUGUAGGACAGUUGUACGAACGGAGUCUAGUUGUAAGUAUAGCCCAUAGGGAAAUCUAUUGAUGGGUUCUGUACUAUGCACGUAUUUCGAACUUUGCAGGGCCUUCUCGUCGCUGGCUCUGGG